AUGAAGUUCACCACCACCCUCGCCGGCGCCUUCGCCGCCCUCUUCACCUCCACCCUCGCCACCCCCAUCCCCGGCACCUCGCCCAACCCGCUCGCCCGCCGCGCCAACUCGGGCGAAGCCACCUUCUACGGCGGCAACGUCUCGGGCGGCAUGUGCUCCUUCACCGGCUACACCAUCCCGUCCGGCAUCUACGGCACCGCCCUCUCCGACGCCAACUGGGACACGGCCGGCAACUGCGGCGCCUGCGUCAAGGUCACCCGCCCCUCGUCGGGCAAGUCGCUGACCGCCAUGGUCGUCGACCAGUGCCCGGGCUGCGGCACCAACCACCUCGACCUCUUCCAGGACGGCUUCAUGCUGCUCGGCACCGCCUCCGAGGGCAUCAUCGACGUGUCGUGGGAUUUUGUGAAAUGCGGCAUCACCACGCCGAUUACGCUCAAGAACAAGGAGGGCACCAGCGCGUAUUGGUUCAGCAUGCAGGUCGUCAAUUCGAAUGAGAGGGUCAAGAGUCUGCAGGUCAGCACUGAUGGCGGCAGCACGUGGAAGGAUACCACGAGGAAGGAGUAUAAUUUCUUUGAGAACCAGUCCGGCUUUGGGACCGAUACCGUGGCCGUGAAGGUUACCGGCGUGAGUGGCAAGACCAUUAUAACGAAGGAUGUGAAGGUCAGUGGCGGUGUGACCAAGGUUGCGGCGUCGAAUUUCUGA